AUGGGAAUCCUCUCACUCACUUAUCGACGUCCCCAGUUGGUGGACAGGGAUUCAUUCCGACGAUACAUUAGCAAUGAUGGACUCUCGGAGAAAGAAGAUGGGUCACUUAAAUCAGGCCAAUCUGGUCAUUCAUCUGGAGUUCCGGAUGCUUUAACAUUUGACAAGAUCAUCAGUGGGGGCACUUGUCCACCCAUGACCAUUCGAGAUUUCAUGAACUAUCUAGUUUAUAUUGAACACUCGGCGGAAAACCUACAGUUCUUCCUCUGGCACCGCGAUUAUGAGAAACGCUUCCAUGAGGCCCAGACAAGGGAUAAGUUCUUGGCACCGGAGUGGACCCAGACAAUGGAGGACGGGACACUGGCAAAAAUCAUGAAGGAUGCUGCCGACAAGAUCAGAAAAGAGCCACCUGCGGCGAUAAUCUUUCGAGGUACUGAUUUCGAGAAAAAUGCGGGCGAACAGAUUUCUGAAAGCAGAGAUCCCUUCACAACGCCGCCACGGACCCCUGGUGGCAGCAACGACGAUGCAUCAACUGUAUUCUCCUCUCACGGGACGUACCGCUCGCAAGUGGAGGAAACUUUCUCGGCCGCGGGAGCUAAGCAGCCAUUCACCAUUCAACCUUUUAGGGCUGAGAUCGAUCGCGUCAUCGCCACAUAUCUUGCAGCCAAUGCCGCGCGGCAACUCAACCUUUCGGGCCGCGAGCUUCAGGCCACCAUGCAGGCGCUCGCAUACACCACACACCCGUCGGCAUUCCGGCUGAUCGUCAAGACCACGGAGAACAUUCUCCGCAAGCAAGCGCACCCCAACUUCGUUCGGUGGUCGAUUUGUAAUAGCAACCCGGCUCGUGUCUGCUUCGCCCGUGUUCUCGGCUACCUUACCAUUGUCCUGGCCACGAUCGGCGCCAUUAUUCUGACCUUGAGCCAUGUCGGUCGAGGCUACCGCGCGCUCUUUGCCAUCGGCUGGGUCAUUGGCGUCGCGACCCUCGUCGCGUCCUACAAGGGCAUGUGUAUUGUGCUGCACGGUCUCCACCACAGGCAUAUCCGGCCCUGGGAGCUGUUCGUCGACGAGGAGGGCGAGGACCUCGGCAAGCACAGCUUCGAGUCGCUCGGUACCGUCAACAGCUAUGAGGAGCAGCCCUGGAUUGUCAAGUACGAGAAGCGGAGCCUGGUGCGCAAGGUCUUUGACCGCCAGGUCUGGAUCCAAGAGCCCGCGCUUCGGCAGAUCCAGGACACCAUCUUCGUACAGAGCGUCAUGAUCGGUCUCGUUGCGAGCGCCGUGUUGUCCGCUGUUUUUGUCGCGGUCCCUGCCGGCGGCUUCUUCUAG